CUGCCUCUGCGCCCGCGGCGGCCUAGAGCGCAGCAGCGAGCAGAUCGCUCGGCUUUCCCGCGUGUCGCCACCUUCUGCGGAACCCCCGCCUCCUCUGCUGCGCCGCCGGCUUCCUCCUCUUCAGGCUGCCGUCAGCCCGCGCGCCCGCCGGCUCCGUAAUGGCGACCCGCAGCCCCAGCGUCGUGAUCAGUGAUGAUGAACCAGGUUAUGACCUAGAUUUAUUCUGUAUACCUCAUCAUUAUGCUGAGGAUUUGGAAAAGGUGUUUAUUCCUCAUGGACUAAUUAUGGACAGGACCGAGCGGCUUGCUCGAGAUGUGAUGAAGGAGAUGGGAGGCCAUCACAUAGUAGCCCUCUGUGUGCUCAAAGGAGGCUAUAAAUUCUUUGCUGACCUGCUGGAUUAUAUCAAAGCACUGAACAGAAAUAGUGAUGGAUCCAUUCCCAUGACUGUAGAUUUCAUCAGACUGAAGAGCUACUGUAAUGACCAGUCAACAGGGGACAUCAAAGUAAUUGGUGGAGAUGAUCUCUCAACUUUGACUGGAAAGAAUGUCUUGAUUGUUGAGGAUAUAAUUGACACUGGCAAAACAAUGCAAACCUUGCUUUCCUUGGUCAAGGAGCAUAAUCCAAAGAUGGUCAAGGUCGCAAGUUUGCUGGUGAAGAGGACUCCUCGAAGUGUUGGCUAUAAACCAGACUUUGUCGGAUUUGAAAUUCCAGACAAGUUUGUUGUAGGAUAUGCCCUUGACUAUAAUGAAUACUUCAGGGAUUUGAAUGUUUGUGUGUCAUACACAUUUCCAGGCUACUGCAUGAGAAGACCAACAUGUGUCUACUGAAAGAUUUGGAUUCCUAUGCUCACCCUCACUUCCUCUCCACUUCUCUGAACCUCACUUUCCACUGAGGGUCCACUUCCAAUAACAUGGGGUAGGUAGUCAGUAAAUGGCAAUUCUUAAAAAAAAAAAAGAUUUAUUUAUUUAUUUUAGGUAGAGAGAGAGAGAGAGAGAGAUGGGAGUGGGGAGGAGGGGCAGAGGGAGAGGGAGCAAGAAAAUCUCAAGCCGACUCCCUGCUAAGCGUGGAGCCUGAGGAAGGGCUCAAUCUCACCACCCUGAGAUCAUGACCAAAAGGACCUAUAUCCAUCCAAAAGGAUCCUUCGCAAAUGAGUGAGAGACAGAGUUUCAGAUAAACCAAAGGUGAGAAAAUGUGUCACCAGCAGACCUUCGUUACCAGAAACCAUUAAAGGGGGACACCUGGGUGGCUCAGUCGUUAAGCAGCUGCCUUCGGCUCAGGUCAUGAUCCCAGGGUCCUGGGAUCGAGCCCCACAUCGGGCUCCUUGCUCAGCAGGGAGCCUGCUUCUCCCUCUGCCUCUGCCUGCCGCUCCCCCUGCUUGUGCUCUCUGUCUCUCUGACAAAUAAAUAAAUAAAUAAAUAAAUAAAAAUCUUAAAAAAAAAACAAAACAAACAUUAAAAGGUGUCCUUCAGACCAAAGAGAAAUGGCGCCAGAAGGAAACCCGGAUGUACAAGAAGGGAUGAAGACUGGAAAUAGCAAGUCAGUGAGUAAGAAAAAAUUAUGCUUUCUUAUUGUAGCUGACUUAAAAGGUAAACAACUCUCUAAUGGAAAGAACAAAAACUGUACACUGGGGUUUACAACAGUUGUGGAAGUAAAAGAUACGACAAGGCGGCACCAGGAAUAGGAGGGCAGGUAUAUGGAACUAACUAUUGUGUUGGAAGGUUAGUAGGUUUGUGAAGUGUCACAUGUAAAGCGAGAAGGGGACAGUUGGAAGUUUGAUGUUUCAGGCGUGAAGUAUGACUCUAAAGAGACUCUCUAAGUGAAAGGUGUGUAUUGUUAACCUAGAGCUACCACAGAAAGUAGCAAAAAGAGGUACAGCUAAGAAGAAAUAGCAGGUAUCACAAAGAGAUAUUUUAUUAACCCCAAAGAGGGAAGGAAAUUCCCCAAUAUGAAUAAAUAAACACACUUCUAAAUAACCCAUAGGCCAAAUAAGAAAUUAUGUGAGAAAUUAGACUUACAAACAAAAUAAAAUCUUUUAAGUAUUUUCCAUAGCCUGCCCCCCCCCCCGCCUCUCUCUCUCUCUCUCUUUCUCUCUCUCUCUCUCUCUCUCUCGUUUCUUCAAAUCCUUGGCUAACUGUUCUCAUAGUGUCCAAUCACUUUGUAAAACAGCUUUCAGCCCAGUUGAUAAGCUAUCAGUUCCACUUUUUUUCCUCUUGGAAAACAACCUUCUGGAGGCCUUCCGUCCCCUGCUCCCAUCUGAACUUGGAGCUCUCAAGGUUUCACACUCGGCUGUCAUGCUGGCAUCCUCCUCCCCUAUCGACUUAGGGAUUCCCUUUGUACUUCUGUGUUGUGUCCCCUGUUUGAUGGAUCCCCUAGCUCUGUCUUAAUUGGUUUACUCUCAUGCUUUGGUUUCUUUCAUUUUUAAUCUAUGUCUCAUUUUAUAGUUUUCCAAUUCCCCCCACAUUUGGAAAGCUUGGCAUUUUCUUCUUGAACAAAAUAAGCAUCAUUGUUUUACGAUCACGCUCGCAAAUUCUGAUGUUUGAAACUCUCCUGCAUUCAUUUCUAUUGGCUGUGAUUUCUACUGGUUCUUGCUUGUAGUGUCUUAAAUUUUUAUGUGUCUUUGUGUUGGACAUUAGAUUUUAGUUUAAAGAAAUAAUUUUAAGCCUAAGAUACUGUUGUUCCUCCAAAGAAGACUUUGAUUUGUUUUCCCUAGGUGCCUGGGGCUCCUAGCUAUCUGAAGUAAACUUAACCUGAUUUGGGGGUGUGAGAUUUUUCUGGGUUACACAGAUGAACGGAAGGCAGGCUGCAAUGCGUGUGAGAUAUGAUUUGCAUCCCAUUCAUCCUUACUGCUAGGGUGUAGCUUUUCAAGAUACCAGUCCAAGGCAGGCAAUGGUUUAACGGGGUCUUUACGUUGGCCUGACCCUGGACUCUGACUUUUGUUCCCUGUCCCUGGGAGGCCACCAGAAGCACUUGGUCUCUCAGCUGCUUCUUCCUGAUUGGAAAAAGUCUCCCUGAGCCAAAGUGACCUGAAGAGCUGUUCUCAUCUCACUGGGUUCUUGUCCUUUCCCGGAUCUUGGCUCGCUACUUUCUCACUGAAACUAUUUUGUCCACCUUUGAUGUCUCCAGUGGGAGUGUUGGUCCGCAUUACCUAGUCUGCCAUUUACAGAAGCUAAAGUCCCUCUUCUUCGUUU